AUAUUUCCUAAUUCAUUAAGAUAAAUGUAUAGAGCAUACAGAGAAAAAUAGUUAGAAGAAAUGGGUGUCCACCGUCGUCCACUACUUUCUCUCCUCUCCUCACCGUUGAUCCUUAUGUUAGUUUUCUCCGGCCUCGUCAACGCAAUCCACGGCUCACAAUUUACCAUCAUCGAAGCCACCAUCGACGAUAUCCAACGCGCCUUCUCCCGGAAAGAACUCACGUCCAGACGACUGGUUGACCUUUACCUCGACCAGAUCGCGAGGCUGAAUCCCUUGCUUCGCAGCGUGCUGGAAGUGAAUCCAGACGCUCGGGAUCAAGCGGACGAGGCCGAUCGCCAGAGGGAGGAGGCAGCCACCGGGAGCUUGGGAGAGCUGCACGGCAUUCCGGUGCUGCUCAAGGACAGCAUAGCCACCAAGGACAAGCUCAACAACACGGCUGGGUCUUACGCGCUGCUGGGAUCCAAGGUACCUGGGGACGCCGGCGUGGUCGACCGCCUGAGAAGGGCCGGGGCCUUGAUUUUAGGGAAAGCUACUCUUAUGGAGUGGUAUGGUAUUCGGUCUUUGAAGAUGCCCAAUGGCUGGUGUGCUAGAGGGGGACAAGGCGUGAAUCCAUACGUGGAAUGGGGAGACCCAUGCGGGUCAAGCAGUGGAUCCGCAAUUUCGGUGGCAGCAAACAUGGUAUCAAUAUCAGUGGGGACUGAAACAGACGGCUCCAUCAUCUGCCCAGCGGAUCACAACUCGGCUGUAGGGAUCAAACCCACCGUCGGUCUCACAAGCAGGGCCGGCGUCAUCCCAAUCUCGCCCCGUCAGGACUCAAUCGGGCCCAUCUGCAGGACGGUAACGGAUGCAGUUUAUUUGCUGGAGGCAAUUGUGGGAUUCGAUCCAAAAGACCAUGAAGCAACAAAGGCAGCUGCUAAGUUCAUACCUGCAGGUGGCUACAGUCAAUUCCUUAAGGAAGAUGGACUCCACGGAAAGAGAUUGGGAGUUGUCAGGUAUCCCUUUUUGGACUCUUAUAAUGGAUCCACUGCCAUUACCGCUUUCGAGCAUCAUCUCAACGUGCUAAGGCAAAGAGGUGCAACUAUAGUGGACAAUCUAGAAAUUGCAAAUAUUGAUAUCAUUAUGAAUCCCUAUAUAAGUGGCGAAUUAGUUCUCCUUUUAACUGAGUUCAAGCUCUCCAUAAACACCUACCUGGAAGAACUCCUCAACUCCACCGUGAGGUCAUUGUCAGAUAUCAUUGCCUUCAACUCGAAUCACCCUAUCCUGGAAAGGAUGAAAGAAUUUGGACAGGACGAGUUCAUUAAAUCAGAGAUGACUAAUGGGAUUGGAGAGGAAGAGAUAAAGGCAUACGAGAAAUUGGAAAAACUGUCGAAAUAUGGGUUUGAGAAAAUGAUGAAGGAAAAUGACUUGGAUGCAAUGGUGACGCUUGGCUCAGAUGCCGCCGUAGUGCUAGCAAUUGGAGGAUACCCAGGUAUUACUGUUCCUGGAGGGUAUGAGAGCGAUGGAAUGCCAUUUGGGAUCUGUUUCGGUGGGCUAAAGGGUACAGAACCGAAGCUAAUUGAGAUUGCUUAUGGAUUUGAACAAACCACCAGGGUACGGAGGCCACCCGAUCUCUGAUUCUCUCCUCGUCAAUGGAGUUUAGUGCUGAUCAAGAACCUCUAAGUACGCUUUCUCAGCACUACGAGUAAGAUACGGUAUUAACAUUCAUCCAUCGUAGUGAAUAAAAUUACAUGAUAUGAGUUUCAUAUCUAUGAAACAUGAUCGAUAUUUAAGGUUGUAAUCCUUUAAAAUGUUAACAUAUGAAUUAAUAAAACUUAAUUUUACUGGA